AUGCAGCCGCCAUACCCGGCCCCCGUUACUGUGUGGCAUAACGACACAUACGACGCCAUUGAUCCCACGCGACCCGAACUAUCUCAAACCGGGAAAAUCAUAGUCAUCACAGGCGCCGGAGCAGGCAUAGGUAGAGAGGUUGCCGCAGCCUUCGCCCAAGCCGGUGCUAGCACCAUCCAUAUCCUCGGUCGCACCAAAUCUUUGCUUGAGGAAACGAAACAGAUUGUUGAAAAGCAGAAUCCAGGGACCAAUGUUGUAGUACAUACUGCUGAUAUCGUGGACGAAGCUGCUGUCACAGCAGCUGCUAAAAAUAUUGGCUCGUGGGAUGUCAUCGUUGCUAACGCUGGUUACAUCCCCAGUCCAGAAACGAUUGAGAGCAGCGACGCGAAUGAAUGGUGGAAGACAUUCGAGAUUAAUAUCAAAGGCAACUAUCUUUUCUCGCGGGCCUUCUUGCCAUACAAAAACUCUGGUGGUACAAUCGUAGCCUACUCAAGCGGCUUCGCGUUUCUGCCACCAAGUCUCCCAUUCCUUGCAAAGAAUUCGUCAUACUCAACAUCAAAGGUGGGAACAGCUCGCUUUUAUGAGUUCUUGGCCAUAGAGCACCCUGAUUUGAACGUCUUCAUUGUGCAACCUGGAGUCAUCCGGACUGCUCUCUACGAGAAAGGCGAAUUGCAGCUUGAUGAUACCAUAGACUCCAUCAAACUACCAGCUCAUUUUACCGUGUGGCUUGCCACCCACGAAGCAAGGCCCCUGUCUGGGCGUGUCUUGUUCGCGAACUGGGACAUUGAGCAGUUGAAAUCUAUAGUGGUGCCACGUUUGGAAAAAGAUCCAAUAUUCUUGACGACAACGUUUGGAGGCUUCCCUUUUGCUGGCUGA